AUGAAAUUGAAAUUGCUGGUAUAUUACAUGUGCAAUACCGGGAUCUGCAGUGUUACAUUGUAUCUAUCAUACUAUAUCAAAAUGGCCACAGUGGUACAGAACCCCUUGAAAUCGCAAUCUGGAGGAACCGUCAUUAAGAACAGUCUGGGCGAGGAGUUCUACAGAGAGGCCAUCGAGCACUGCCGCAGCUACAAUGCCCGCCUGUGUGCUGAGCGCUCCAUGCGCCUGCCCUUCCUGGACUCCCAGACCGGCGUGGCACAGAGCAACUGCUACAUCUGGAUGGAGAAGAACCACCGUGGCCCAGGUUUGGCCCCAGGACAGUUGUAUACUUACCCUGCGCGCUGCUGGCGCAAGAAGAGACGGCUAAACAUUCUGGAGGACCCUCGCCUCGGACCCAUUGAGUUUAAGAUCGACUACGAGGCGUCUCUGAAGAAGGAAGGGGGCUUGCCGGAGGGGCCGGUGUUGGAAUCACUGCUCAGUGGAGAGACUCUGGACAAGAAGGUGGAGACCAAGGAAGAGGAACCUAUGAGCGAGUGCCAGAAGCUGCUGGUCGGUGAUUUCCCCCAUGAACUGGAAGCGGAGGAGAUGGAAGAGGACGUCCCCAAACGCAAGAACCGCAAGAACCGCGAAGGACGGGCCUGUGGUGUAGGGGGUAUGAGGAAGAGACAAGAACCCAGCACCAUUGAGGACAGGGACAAGCCGUACGUCUGUGACAUCUGUGGGAAGCGCUAUAAAAACCGCCCGGGCCUGAGCUACCACUACACUCACACACACCUAGCGGACGAGGAGGGAGAGGAGGACUCUGAGCGACACACCCUGCCCUUCCAGCGCAAGAACAACCACAAGCCUAAGAAAGCUGCAGAUGGGUCGGUCAUCCCUAACGGCUACUGUGACUUCUGCCUGGGCGGCUCCAAGAAGACCGGCUGUCCCGAGGACCUCAUCUCCUGCGCCGACUGUGGACGCUCAGGCCACCCGUCCUGCCUGCAGUUCACAGUCAACAUGACGGCAGCCGUACGGACCUACCGCUGGCAGUGUAUCGAGUGCAAGUCCUGCAGCUUGUGUGGCACCUCCGAGAAUGAUGAUCAGUUACUAUUCUGUGAUGACUGUGACAGAGGCUACCAUAUGUACUGCCUGAGCCCCCCUAUGGCGGAGCCCCCAGAGGGGAGCUGGAGUUGCCAUCUGUGUCUGCGACAGCUGAAAGAGAAGGCCUCGGCCUACAUCACCCUGACCUAAUCUACCACGUUACACCCCCCCCGCCC